GGCUUAUUUUUUCUUAAAAGAAUAUUCGUAAAUCACCAUCCCUUCUGUAGUACCAAGGGGGCAGUGUCCAAAAAUAGAACAAAAAGAGUGCUAUACAGAAAUAAAAAUCAAUGGAACAACAUGAAAUACAGCUUUUAACCAGUCAGGAAAUAUAUAAAAGACACAAACAAGCCACUUUAACAUGCUUGGGCAAAAUCAUAGCUAUUGACAGGGCAUGGAAAAUCCUAUCAGGUUGGCUGGUAGCACCUUAGUGUUCAAGAGAGACGCUGGUUUCUUACCACCAGACAGUUGGUCCCAUAUUGAUUUGAUCACUGAAGGUGAUAUUAUCGGCUUCAGCAUAGGCUCUGUGAUGCUUCUUUGCACCAGUAGUCUCUUCCUUUUUGUCCUUCUCGGUACAAAACAGAAUAUGAGUCACGGGGAGGCAGGUGCAAGAGGGAGAUGUUGUAUUCUGUCGAUAAAAGCCAUUGCGGCACAAAAACCCAUAUGCAUUGAUGUUGGAGGAAGUUCUAUUGAUGUGUGGGAAAUAGUUAUGGGGCUGAAGAACAGGGAUGGAGAAACACGUGGCCCUCUGAAAGAUGAUGGACAACUGCCUCCAUCUUCCCUUUGGCAGCAUCCUCCCAUAUUCUUCUUUCUAUGGUAGUACCAUUCCCCUUUGAUGCUCAUCACUCUAUCCAGUGGAAUCCUGGAAUUUGCAGUGUCAUGACGUUUGUAGCUUUCUCUGCCAUAGAGCGCUAGUGUCCAGCCACACUACACAUCCCAUCAUUCCACAGGAUGUUGACACAGCCGUUACAGUGGAAUCAUAGUGUGGUGUAGCAUGGAAGCUGACACAAAGGGGCCUGUAAUCCUUUACUGUUGGGGGUAACACACGUUGCUUUUGAAACAGCAUCACAUGGGAUAGUGCAGUUCGUCAUGGUUGCUUUGGGGUGGCUAGACAUGGUUUCUUGGAGGUUUUUAAAGGCCACUUUCUUCUUCUUUUAGAUAGAUUCCCCUUCCAAAAAUCACAGAAACCUAACCAGUCAGCUUCUAUUAUUUUGGAGUGAACAGUAACAUGCCAUAUUGCUGUCUGAGAGGAACUUUCCAUGUUUCAUUUGAGAAAAGCUCCAACUCCUAGUAUCUUCCAGCCAUCCCCUGGAGGUUCUGGGAGUUGUAGUGCAAAGCAGGGACAUUUCCCAGCUGUGCAGGAGACCCGCUGGGCUCGCCCCUCAUUUGCCGGAAGCAGGCGCAAAGAGACGUUGUGCAAAAGCCUUGGGCGGUGCGACCCUUGGGCCGUCUGGGACCGGGGCAGGCUGUCCUCCCCUGGGGCGUGGAUGUGUGGGUUUAUCUCUUGGGAAUUCCAGAGAACACAGUGGUCUGGCUUGGCUCCUGCCCUCCCGCUCCUUCGCCUGGCAACACGCAUUCCAACUCCCCAGAGUUUAAAUUCCUUCCACACUCCAGGCCAGUUCCUGAAGUGUGGGGGAAGGAGGCCUUGGGCCGGCGUGCCUGCGCUUCCCUCUCGGUGCCAGCCUCGGCUACAGAUUAAGAUGCUUACCGAUCGGAAGCAUGAGUUGGAACGCCGCCUGAGUGCCGUGAUGGAGGAAAAUAAUCUCCUCCAGGGAACCGUGGAGGAGCUUCAAGACCGAGUCUUAAUUCUGGAGCGACAAAGCCAUGAGAAGGAUGUGCAGUUGCACCAGAGCCAGCUGGAACUGCAAGAGGUGAGGAUGUCUUAUCGUCAGCUGCAGCUCAAGGUGGAAGAGCUCAGUGAGGAACGGAGCCUCCAACACUUCAACUCCACCAGCACCUCCUUGUUGUCAGAGAUCGAGCAGAGCAUGGAAGCCGAGGAGCUCGAGCAAGAAAGAGAACAGCUGAGACUCCAGCUCUGGGAGGCCUAUUGCCAAGUCCGGUACUUAUGCACCCACCUCAGAGGGAACGACAGUGCAGAUUCGGCCGUCUCCACAGACUCUUCCAUGGACGAAUCUUCAGAAACCUCAUCGGCCAAAGAUGUGCCAGCCGGUAGCCUGCGUGCAGCGCUUAGCGAGCUUAAGAGGCUGAUACAAAGUGUCAUCGAUGGCACAGACUCCCCGAGUUCGCGGAGAAGUGACGACGAUGCCUUGGAAGAACAGAUCAAGCAGACGAGCGAAGAUUCAAGAGCCCUGAGGGAGCUGAUGGAAGGCGAAAGGGGGAAACUGAGGCAGAGCUUGGAAGAGCUGCAGCAACUCCACAGCCAGGUUACGCUGCUGAGUGUCGAAAUGACUUCGCUGAAGGAGGAACGAGAUCGGCUACGAGGAUCAGGGGAGGAGAAGGAGAUGAACGAACAGCUCUUGAAGGCCAUCAGGGAUCGGGAUGAAGCGAUUGCCAAGAAGAAUGCUGUCGAAAUGGAAUUGGCCAAAUGCAAGAUUGAUAUGAUGUCCCUCAAUAGCCAGCUCUUGGACGCUAUCCAGCAGAAGCUUAACCUUUCGCAGCAGCUAGAGGCGUGGCAGGACGACAUGCAGAGGGUCAUUGACCAGCAGUUGAUGGACAAACAUCCCAAGGAAUGGAGCCAGCCCACUUAUUCCUUCUCCGGCGGUCACGGGGGCAAGCGGCGCGCCAGACCCUCUCCCAUGCUGAGGCCUGAGCAGCAGGGGUCCGAGCCCAUUGGGGCAGAAGGGAAUCGCCUCUUUGCUUUCUUCAAGAAAAAUUAACGGGGGCGGAGCCACCACUCUUCCGUUACUCUCUCUGUUUUCUUUUCUUUUUAUUAUUAUUAUUUGAUUUUAAAAAUAUGUGAUUUAUUAUUAUUAUUAUUAUUAUUAUUAUUAUUAUUUUUCUUCGAGACGAAGGAAGCUGGAAAUGAAGGCGAGGUGGUGGUAGAUGGUUCUCCGUUCGGAUCGCGCGAGAAGCCGCCCAGGAGGGCCAAGGGGAGCACACCCUUCAGAACUCUGCACUAUUUGGCAACCCGCGUGGUCCGAACUCACUGUUUACAUACGUCGAAGUCAAAUUGCCGUUCUCCGGCGUGGAAAGCGGUUUGAAAGGACUUUUUUUCUACCUUGAAAGCGACGUGAUAAAACAGAAAAACCUUCAGGGGUUCCCUUGUUAGGUCUGCUCUGUUUUUGCUGUGGGGUGGGGUGGGGGUGUCUUAAAAUAGUUUUUUUUUUUCCUGCGUAAGACAAAACAUGGAAGGAGUUGGUCGGGAAGGAGCAGGUAACGGAAGGAGGGGGAGAAAUAUUUGAGCUGGCCCUGACACAGAGGCGAAAAGCUUAAUGGAGGGAUGGGAAACGUGGCUCUCCUGGUGUCGUUGGACUGUGGUUCCCAUCAGGCUUCACUGUUGCCCACGGACUGAUGGAAGUAGCAGUUGGGUGACUUCUGGAAAGCCUCACACCCUUCAUCCCUGUCGUAGUAGCUGCUAAAUUUGUGCCUCGGAGUUCAGAGAACAGGAGCCACCGGUUUAUUUAAAGCUGAGGUGGAGAAUCCUGUGACCCUCUCGAUCUUGUUGGACUGCAACUCCCAGCCCCCAUAUUGAAGCUGUGAAAGUUUGAAUGGUCAGGAUGAGCAAUGGAAUAUGUGCAAUGGGGUUUACAAGGUGCCCCCCAAGUAGAACUAAAGUUCAUGGGUGAGUCUUGGAAGGCCAGGCACCUUAUUAGAGCUUUCAAUACUGUGUGAUGUUCAGGAAAGCUGAACGCCAACUGUCUGUGGCAACAGCAGGCAUUUGGGAAAGGUUGCUUUUUAAGAUAUGACUCCCAGACGUCUUCCAACCAGUGUGAGCAGUAGUCCAUUGAGGCUAGAUUUCUAGUAAUCAUUGUGUGAAAAAAAUGUUAUCUUCCAAGCUCUGAAAAUGUACUUCCAAGGCAAGCACUGCAUCCCAUGAGCACAACUGUUUGAGCAAAAUAUUUCUGCCUGUGUUUAUGAGGGACUGCUAAAAGUUUGUGCACAGUGCUGGGCAGCAAUACAAUUAGGAUGGGACUGAGGAACAUGAAAGAACAAGGGGAGGCAUCCUCCGGGCAGGCAUACCAGGAAUGACAUUUUGUAGGGGAAGUGGAAAGGGUUGCUGUGGUUCUCCCUGUCGAGGAGUGAACCUUCCCUCUCCUUCCACAUAGAAGGCCAGGCCACAUCCCAUCCUCAUCCUAUAGUGGCAGUUACUUCUGGCUGGAAGUCAAUCCCAGGAACGUGGGCCAUUUAAGUCAGGGCAGCCUCGACCCUAUGACUUAGUCCCAGUUGGAGUAGACUCAUUGGAUCCAUUGAUAAAUGAUGGGUAAACCUGUGGGCAACUGAAUGAACCAGUUGGUUUACUCAAGUUGGGGCUUAGGAUAACAUGACCUUAGUUGAACGUGGUAGACCUCCAGGCCAUAGUCGACCCUCUCUUUAUGUUCAAACUCGUUGGGUCUGGAUCUGGGGUGGGGUGUGGCCUGCACUUUGAGUUCCUUUAGGGUCAAGCAUCCUGUGCCUUGCCUCCAGAUGUGGGGCAAUUCUACAUUGGGGAAACUUGCCAACUUCUUGAGUGAACUGUUCUAGGGCUUCCUCAAAGCAAGGGCUUUGUUUGGCCCUUACGCUCAGCUGGUGAUGCGAGUGACUUUCUCUUCCACUAAGGCAGGAACACAUGGGCUUCCAGAGGGGGAUUUGUAGCUCCCGCCUGCGCUUCCCAUUGGCUCAGCUGGCCAGCACUGAACUUGGAAGGCCAUGAGAUGCCCACCUGUCAAGCCAUCCCACUGUUUGCACCCUGUGCAGGCAGGGAAAACAAUGUGGUCUGUAUCCCUUGCUAGAUGUGAAGACACACCAGUCCCAUGGUGAACGUUGUGAAUAUGGGGUAAGAGAGUAACAUUGCACUGAAGCUGGCCUGUGUGAAAUUCGAGUUGAGUUCUUCAACAAACUUAAGGUGAAUAAUUUGAAUCGACAAUCUAUUGGUACAGUCAAGAAUCUUUCUUUUAAUUUGGGGGGGGGGGGGAGAGUAAAGAACUAGGAGGGAAAAUGGCAUCAGAAAAUACUGGUGUAUAAUAGGACUUGUAAUCAAUUUGUCUGAAGGUGGCUGGCUUGGAGACUAUUGCCGUUUUGGAUUGCCUUAAACUGAUGUAAGAACUUGUGUAUUUGAAGGGAUAAAACUGAGGGAUGGAAAGAAGAAAAUGAUGUCGAGGGGUAGCGUUUACACUAGCCCUGAAGUGGUCUUGAAAUCCUUGCAUAAGUCCCUUAGUCAAGGAAGCAUUUGGAAAGGAAACUUUGUCAGAUGGCUACUCUUAGAAACCCUCAGCCAGCAUUACGGGCCCAUUAUUGGUGACAGCAUACCUUGCUUGCAGUCCCUCAAAAGCAUAUUUUUGAACCCUCCAAUCCCUGCCACUGAUCUCUGAUGGCUUCUUAGCAUUGAAUGAAAUGAGAAUAAGGGCUUUUUAAAAAGUUAAACGUCUCUCAAGGAUUAUUGCAGUGGAACAUGGCAUGGUUUGGAUGUUCAGACCUUGAUAAGCCUUAGAGGGCGUUUCAUGCUGUGGUGGAAGCAAAUACCAACCUCUGUGAUGACCACACUAGAGAGAAUACGACAGCAUAUCGUGUGUGUCACUAGCAGGAUGCUAGCCAGUGUGGCUGAGAGAGCAGAGUAGAAGUGUCAACCCUUAGACCAACUGAUUUGGGUGUUCACACCUCCUGAGAUUCCUUCUUGAGACAACACUAUGCAGAAUUAGAUGGCAAUGUUGACACAUCCAGAGGGAGGAGGGUCAAUGCUGACGCAUGAUGUGCUGCCAUCCCAGUUGCAACUGGAUUACAUGAUCUUGAAGAACUUUUUUUGACUCUUCACCAUGAGUUGCCCAUGUUCUGCAAGAUCAAUGAUGGCUUUUGGGGCAGGGGAAUAGCAAAAUGAAAGCAAUAAAGAGAUAAUAUGGAGAAAUGGUCCUCCCUGGGAGAAUCUUAAGUGCUUCAGGAGACACUUCCAGGCGUUAGCUUUCUUCCCUGGGUCCAGAAGCACUGUCCUCUGCCUGCCAUAUAUCAGCACAGCCCCAGGCGCGGGAUUUUGGUGCCUCCCCACCCACACACCACACUGUGAUAUUACUGGACCAGAGCCAAGUGGAGGAAGGUGGCUUGGGUACAAAAGGUGACCCAGAACUGCGUUGGGACAAAUCUGAGCCAUAGCUUGAGCUAAAUUCCAGCCCCUUCCCCAAGGCCCGAGUGGUUUGAGGAGAAGACACCAGACCCUGCCAAAAACUUCCAUAAACACUGCAUGAAGACCCCCUUCCCCUCCCGCUCCGCUUUAAAAAGUACACAUCUGUGUAUGUUACCAACUCUUACUGAGGCUGGAUAGACUUCAGCCCUCAAAACGAAAGCAAUCAAUGUAUGCAAGCUAAGAGCCUGGGGAACAAGAAAGUAGGAUUUUUGUGUGCCCGUGACUGCUGUUGACCUGUUUUCCAUCAGUACAGGUGGGCACAUCUGGACCCAAAGUAACCUCAUUCACAUACAUAAAUGUGGCAAAACUGUUCCUAGUCUAUGCCAUUUAGAACAGCAAGUCAGAGCCUGCCUGGUUCAACAUCUCUCCAGGAAAUAAACACAUCUAGGCUGUUCUAAAACGGAUCUUCUCAAGGCCAGGCUAGCUUAGACCUUUUAGGCUUCCCUUCUUCUUUGUGUGGUUUUAACCCGCUGCAGGUUCUAAUUCUGAACCUAUAGGGAAGGAGCAUUUUCUUGAUAUACAUCCUGAAUGCAUCAACCCUUUCUGUUUGAACCAGAGCAGGCUUUCCCCACCUGAUGCCUCCCAGAUGUAUUAGAUGACAACCCCAUCGUCCCCAGCCUGCAGACUGGAAUCAGAGGGAUUGUAUUCCAACUUGUCUGGAAGAUACCAGGCUGGUCUGGGCCAUAAAUCAAAACAGAAUGAGGAAAGGGGGAGAGCAGGUUGUUGAUUGGCAAUAUAGACUUAUCACAAAGAACCACAGCUUUUCUCCGUGUGUGUGCGUAUGUAUGUAUGUAUGUGUGGGAGGGAGGGAUGGGAUGGGAUAGCUUUCACCUGCGAAGACCUUCAAUCUGUUAUAAUGCGUGUUUCAGCCACUUCAACUCCUUUUUCUCCUCAAAAUAAAGGACGAUGUGCCUGGUAGCUGCAGUCAAAGAGUUCACCAAGCGGAGGGGGGGUGCACACAGCAGGGAUGGGCAGACAGAAUGUAUCUAUAUAGGUAUAUGUACAUACUACACAGUGCAGUAAUUUUUGUAUGUAGCAGUACUGUAAAUAAGUGUACCAUUUUUAUAAUAAGAUAUUCUAUAAAGGCAUAUUUUAGUAGAAAACGCUGCUCUACUGCUUCUUUUGUAAAUAGUUCUCAUCUGAAUAAAAUGGGUCCUUUCUA